AUGACAGAUAAGAAGCCCGCAGGCGAAGAGGAUGGUAGAGAGAAGCUGAUCAGUAAGCCUACCGAUAAGAAGAAGAAGUCACAAUGGAAUGAAGGUAUGGAGGUUUGUUUACUCCGUGAACUCGUGGUGCAAAACCCCUUCAGGCACAGACAUGGGACGCAGGAGAGAGGAAAGGUAUGGGAGCAGGUUGCCACAGCUCUCCAACCUCUUACUGAAGCAUUCAAGACGGCCAUAACCCUCAACCAAAGAACUGUCCGAGAUAAGUACAAGGGGCUGAAAGCAAAACUGAAACACGCAAACAACAAAGACAGGGCUGCAUCUGGUAUCAGCACAGAGGAGACAGAUACACAGAGAGAAAUCAGAGAUCUACUCGAGCAGCUGGAUGAGAUGGAGUGUGACGCAGAGCUUAUCCCAUCUCAGAAAAAGGAUGAAGAAGAAAAGAAGAGAUUGGAUGGAGUGGAGAUGCAAAAGCUGAUGUUGGAAAGAUUUUCUGAGACCAAAAAGAGACAGAGUGGUGAAAGUACAUGUACCACACCGAGGAAGAGGAGAAACAAUGGCACAGAGACUUUCAGUAUUCUAGAGAGAAAAAUUGAGUUAGAUCAAGAAUUUAGAAAAGAGGAGAUGAUGAGAAGGAAAGAGGAAGAGGAAAGAAGAAAGCAAGAAGAAAAAGAAAGGAAUCUGAGGUUUGAGUUUCUGCAACAGCAGCAAAAUCAACAUCAACAGCAAAUGCAACAACAGCAGCAACAAAUGCAGCAUCUAGUCCUUCAACAGCAGCAGUUUAUGCAACAACAAGCACAGCAGACACAGACCAUUAUGAUGGCAUUGCUCAAAUCUCUUGAAAAGAAAGACUGA